AUGCUUCUUCCUGUGGGCAACCACGGCGGCGACGGCGACUGCGGCGCCGUUCAGCUCGCCGCCGAGAUCGAGGAGCUCUCCUUGGGUUCCACGGGCGGUCUACGGGACCGUCUCAGCGCGCUCCCCGACGAUAUCCUCCAUUCCAUCCUCCUGCGCCUCCCUUCCACCCCCGCCGCCGCCCGGACCUGCGUCCUCUCACGCCGCUGGCGCGGAAUCUGGGCCCAGCUCCCGGAGAUCCGAUUCCCCUUCCCCUCCGACCCGGCCGCCGUCGGCCCCGCGCUCGCCGCCAGCGCCGCUGGCCCGGCCCUCCGCCUCCUCCACGUUGCGUGCCGCGACGACACCGGCGCCAACGCUUGGCUCCGCACCGCCGCGAGCCGGCUCAUCGCAGGCGGAGAGCUUUACUUCUACAAAAGGACGCCGGGGGAGGAGAAGGGGCAGGCGGAGGCGCUGUCCUGGCAGUGCCGCACCUUCGAGCUGCCCUGCUUCGAGACGGCUGCCAAGGUAUGGCUCCGCCUAGGGUUCGUCGACCUGGAGCUCCCACUGACCGGCGUGUUCUUCAGGCUCACUGAGCUGCGCUUGGAACACGUGAAUUUGGAGUGUGGUUUCCAGCUCGGCGACAUGGUCUCGUCGUCACGGUGCCCGGCGCUGCGGGAGCUCUGCAUCGCAAGUGCCCGGGGAGUGGUCAGCCUCUGCAUCAUCUCGCAGACACUUGAGCGUCUUGAAUUGGAUAUUCUGCAUGGACUUGAGGAGCUCACUGUUAUUGCGCCAAUGCUCAGAGCGUUGAAUGUGUACGCUUGCUUUGCUUGGAGGAAGCCAGUCGCUGCCAUUUAUGCAUCGAUGCUGGAGGUUCUCUGGUGGAGUGAUGCAUUUGAUCCGAGCUUCGUACUGUUCAGCGACGUGCAGAAUCUCCAGCAGCUGGCCACCUUCGACAUCCAUGUUUAUGGGCGCUUUGAUUACGCACUCCUUCAGGAUUAUGUGAUGCUCUUACAGCACUUUCCAACUGUCUCCUGCCUUGACCUCAAACUGAACUAUCAACGUGAUUUAAGUCAGUAUGAAUACUUGAUGGGUAUCAUAACCAGGCUUCCCAAAAUUAAGAUUUUGUCCCUGUGGUUACACACAAAAGGACAUGCAAUUGGGCCUUCUGUGUUCCAUCUGCUGAGCAAAUGUCCUGGUAUUAGAGGGCUGAAGCUGACGCUAAUUGACAACUUAGAGGUGGAUACACCGUGCACAUCGGUUUGUGCUUGUUGUCAGCAACAGAACUGGAGUACAUCUUACACCUUGGAUGUCCUUGAGGAAGUGGAAAUCCGUAACUUCAGAGGAUUGGAACAUGAUUUCGCCUUCGUGGAUAUGCUGUUUGGUGUGUCCACGGGUAUAAAGAAGAUGACGAUAACACUCCAUCAUCUGGCCAGUCCAAGCGAGGAGCUCCGCAGCUUGGGCAACCUGGGGGCCUGUUUCGAAAUAAAUUAUAAUACGAGCGAGGUGUCGUAUGCACCGCCCGGCAGUCUGUUCCCAAAGACCCCGGACGACUGUUGUGAAUAG